AUGUCUCACCACAAAUGCAAGCAGAAGACCGACAAAUCAGCGUUCUUCACAGCAAAAAAACAGACGAAAACGCAGAGUCUGCAAGAAGGCCUGGAGGAAGAUGGCGACCAAGACUCAGAGGAGAGCCGGGUCUCAUUCACCCUGACCCACGGCCCAAAAAGGUACGACAACCAGCUGACGGAAUCCAAGCUCCAAGCCAUGCUGGACGGACAGUCAGGACAACUGAUUCCAAAACCUCCAUAG